UAAACGAGAUUGAGACAUACAAGCAGGAGAAUAAGCAUUGCGACGAAUUCUUUAGCCAUUUCACAAUGCUCAUGGACAAGGCCGGAUAUGACGCUACCACUCACUUCGACGUGAUCAAUCGAAUUCUCAAAAAGAAUCUUCACUCUCGAAUCUGUGAUUUCGUCAUCAUCCAGAGAGACCUACCAAAAACAUUUGCUGAGUGGAAAACGCAAGCCUACGCAUGGGAGGCAUAAAGAGAAGAGUUUCAGUUAGACGAAAGACGGAAGAGAGAAGUCACGCAGCCGUCGCGACCUAUCAACAGACAACAGACGUAUACGCACCAGCAUGUGCAACAGCCGCAGCCACAGCAGAUGGCGAGACCCCAGACGAAUCAGUAUGCAAGAAGGUUCGAGGAUCAACCUCAGAGAGGUGUGUUCCCCGGACAAGGUGUACCCAUGGAUACGGACCGACAGAGUCGGUUCAGAUUAUGUUACGGAUGUGGCCAGCCGGGUCAUAUCGCAAGGAACUGCCCUCUGAAGAAAGUUGCAGCUAGAGAAGCAACCACAACCCAGGAGGAGACAAAGACGAAGGAUUUUCUCGAAGGUCAGGAGUAAGCACGGACUCUCUGACCAGUAAGCACGGUUCGGAAAAUGUAUUUG